AUGAACAACUUUAAUUUUAUUUUUGUUUUUAUUUGUUUAUUAUUCAUUACCAACAACAAUGUUAAUGGACAAUGUUCAAACAAUGCAUUGGCACAAUACUUUAAUGGCUCAGUUAUUGGUGUCAAAGUUAUCAAUUUUGAACAAUCAGGAUCAGUUUCAUACAUGAUUGGAAAUUCAUUGUAUUCAGCACAAAUCUCAUCUGAUCUAUUCAAUAUCAAUUCAUUCAAUUCAAUUUCAUCCAGCAAUGUCGAUUGUUCGAGAAGCAAUAAGAGACAACCAUUCGAUGUCAAUAAAGUAUCAUUACCAUUCUCUGAUGCAAGAUCACUCUUGAUCUCAAGAAAUGGAGCAGUCAGCAUGAACAUCAAAGGAAUCAAAUUGGAAUUCCAACUUUCAUAUUGUUCAUCAUCAAUGGCAAUUGAAGUGCAAAAUAUUUCAUUUCCAUACACAUUUUAUUUUUCAUUCAAUCAGAAUUCACAAUUUGGAUGUUCAUGCAAUGACACAAAUGUUGUCACUGAAACACCAAAACCAAACAACAAUAAUAUCACAAUUUCAAGCAAUAUUAUCAAUCAAUGGACAACCGACAAUAUCAAUUAUUAUCAAUUCGAUGGAAUCAUUGAAAACAAGAGCAACAAAGUUAUUAAAUCAUUGAUUCUUAGUUCAUCAGUCCAACUUCGUGAUGAUUCUUCGAUUUGGGAUCUUGUCAGAAUCAACAACAACAAUCAACAACCAUCUACUUUUACCUUACCAUCAUAUGUCAAUCAAAUUGCAAUUGACUCCAAGUAUAAAUUUGGAUUCAUCACCAAAUCCGAUAGAAAUCCAACUUUCAAUAUUGUUUCUGUUACUUAUCAAUAA